AUGGCAUCAAUCCCCUUUUUUUCCUCCCCUUCCCGGGUAUUCACCGCUGCACUUGUAUUGCGUCUCGUCCUGCUGCUCUACGGGCUCUAUCAGGAUGCCCAUUCCGCCAUGAAAUACACCGAUAUUGAUUACUACGUCUUCACCGAUGCCGCACGGUUCGUAUCACGGGGCCAAUCGCCCUACGACAGGGCUACUUACAGAUACACCCCGUUGCUUGCUUGGCUCCUCGUUCCCACAGCCUGGACUGGCCCUUGGCCGCUGGGCGGGUUGUGGUUUUCGUUUGGCAAAGCGCUGUUUGCGCUUGCGGAUAUUGUUGCUGGGUGGCUGAUUGUGCGAGUUUUGAGGGAGCAUCGGGGCAUGGAUGUUACUCGAGCGUUGAAGUAUGCGAGUAUUUGGUUGUUGAACCCGAUGGUCGCGACGAUUAGCACGAGGGGGAGCUCGGAGGGGUUGCUGGGGGUGAUGGUGAUUGCGCUGCUGUGGGCGGUAUUGCAGAGAAGAGUCGGUUUGGCAGGAUGUUUGUUGGGGUUGGGAGUGCAUUUUAAGAUAUAUCCGUUUAUCUAUGGGCCGGCGAUUAUCUGCUCUGGGGGUGUUCCUUGCGCUGAAUGUGGUAAUGUACAUGAUCUACGGGUUCCCCUUCCUACAACACACCUAUUUGCACCAUCUGACGCGAGUGGACCAUCGGCAUAA